UCUCUCAGCAUGUGAUAAGUUAGGUUCAAUAUCAAGGAAUCAUGUUCAAGAAAUUUGUCUAUCUGGAGAUAAAACUAGCAUUGCUCAAGAGUUUAAAGAUGUUUUUGAGGGUGAAGGUUGUUUUCCUACCAAGUACUCUAUCAAAAUAAAAGAAGGGUCUAUCCCAACUUCAAAACCUCCAAAUAGGCUGCCAAUUAAGAUGCAAAGCAAGGUAAAAGAAGAAUUAGAGAGGUUGUGUAAAGAAAAUAUUAUUUCAAAAGUAGAAAAGCCCAGUACAUGGGUAAACAAAAUGGUUGUAGUUGAAAAAAGUAAUGGCUCUAUAAGAAUUUGUUUAGAUCCUUAUGAAUUGAAUAAGUGUACAGUAAAGCAAUAAUUUUCUAUUCCAACAGUUCAAGACUUAUCAGCUAAGCUAAAUGGAGCAAAAUGGUUUUCAACUUUAGAUUUAAAGGAUGGCUUUUGGCAAAUUGCAUUACAUGAGAAGAGCUCUGAUUAUUGUUCUUUUGGAACAAUGUUUGGAACAUACAGAUUUAACCGUUUACCUUUUAGUCUCAACAUAUCAGACUAUGCCGGUGGCGUUCUUGCUCAUGAAGAGGAGAAUGGAGGACAGCUACCGGCGCAUGCUGUAUUAUAUGCGCGAAAACUUCCUCACUUGUAAUUUUCUGUCAAUCACCACCCACUUCAAAGUCGGACUGGUGAAUGCCGUCAGGGUGGUAUUCCCAGAGGCGCAGCAUUUAGGAUGCUGUUUUCACUUCUGCCAAUCGAUUUGGCGGCACGUGGUGGCUGAAGGCCUUAUGGCCUCAAUAUGUGCUGACUUCGAAGUGAAAAAAGGUGUGAAGAUGCUCAUGGCUCUUCCUCACUUGCCACCACACCGAGGGCCCUCUCACGAUGACCGGGUCCCUCCUUAUGACAUUGCUGACGGUCUGAAUACCAUCAGCAAUUACAUCGAUGAGGGAAGCCUGGAUCAGGUAAUGGGUGGGGGUGAUUGGCGUGGAAAGCCUGUCGACAUUUCAGACGCCUCGCAGAUGGAACAACCACUUGGAGAGUUUUCACUCGAGGAUGCUGGCCGCCGUCGGUGUUCGGUGUCAAUCUAGACAUCUGGAGCUUCGUAAGACGACUCUGCAUCAUCGAAGAUAGAGUGUUCGGGAAUCUGCAGAGGAUGGAUCGUGGCAAUUGCCAGAGGAUCCGAAGUAGGAGUGGCCCCGAAAACGACUCGGACACAAUCCGAUCAAUGCUAUGGAGAUUCAUGCGCCAAGAGGUGACAAUAAUAAAUUUCCUAGCGCUGCUUGGACAUUGUGCUGACAAUAUUCUGACAUGGGCCUCCAAUGUGGUCAUAAAUGUAUGUGCGCUGCAUGCGCAAAUCAAAACAGGCUGCAAAAUAUAAACCUUCCCCGCUGCCCUCUGUGCAAUCAGAUGAGUACGCAAUACACACGGGCAUGGUUCCAGUGGCAGUAAUCUUUGUGAUCGUUUUUUUUCUUUCAUUUUCAUUCAUUUUAUUGCACACAGUUGAUUGUUAUGUAAAUAUUCAGUUUUUCUUUGUAAAUAUGUAUGUUCUUUUUUGUACAUUUUAAAUGCGAUGUAAAUUUUCUAUGUAUUUAUAUGUAAAUGUUCUCUAUUAUCUACUAUUAUUGAUCGAGCUUAGCAAAGUAGUCCGUCCAGUCACUAUAUACAUUGGUACAUGCAAUUUAUAUUGUAGCUCUGAUUUUUUAAUAUAUUAUUUGGGUACAUAAGAGAAGUCCAGAACCAA